GGGGAAGGGGGGGCGUCGUUGGUGCUCCGGGCGGUUGGUGAUUGGCGCCAUGUAUUGGGGGUGCGCACGCCUGCUUGCCCCGCUCUGCCGCCGCCGCCGCCCACCCAUCGCCGCUUUGCUAUGGACCAGGCGCGGCUACUGCAACAUGGACGGGGACAGGGACAGUUCUAACACCAACGCAGUGAAGCCCAAAGCUCCAAAGAUUUACACCAAAACAGGAGACAAAGGGUAUUCCAGCACAUUCACUGGAGAACGCAGGCAAAAGGAUGAUAAUGUGUUUGACGCGUUGGGCAGUACGGAUGAAUUGACGUCUGCAAUCGGGCUGGCAAUGGAGUUCUGCUUGGAAAAAGGUCAUGAGUUUGUGGACGAGCUGCAUGAGAUCCAGUGUGUGUUGCAGGAUGUUGGGUCCAAUGUGGCUACUCCCAUUUCCUCUGCGCGAGAGAGCCAUCUCAAGAGGACAGCAUUUAGUGGAAAGCCAGUAAUCGAGCUGGAACAGUGGAUUGAUCGCUAUACAGAGCAGCUCCCACCUCUGACGAACUUCAUCUUACCGUCGGGAGGAAAAUGCAGCGCGACCCUGCACCUGGCCCGAUCGAUUUGUCGUAGGGCCGAGAGGAGCAUGAUCUCCAUUGUACAGGCCGGUGAAGCUGAUCGCAAUGCUGCCAGAUACCUCAACAGGCUAAGCGACUACCUGUUCACGUUGGCGCGAUACGCUGCCAUGAAGGAAGGGAAGAAGGAGCACGUCUACAAGAGGAGAAAUUACGAUUAGCAGAGAGCUGCUGACUCUCCUUCAUGAGAGGAGAUGGGGCUUGGCCCCGUAUCUGCUGAUCUAAACACAGCCUAUUAAACUGUAAGUGCAAUUUUUCCUUGCACAAUUAACAAAGGCAUUUGAGAUUUUUAAACUGAAUCACUUUGAAUUUCUGAUUCUUGGAGAUUGGGCUGUGUGAUUGUGCAUCCAUGUUUGUGUGUGUGUGGGGGGGGGGGGGGGGGGGGGGGUUUUUUGUUUGUACAUGCUUGUAUUUGAUAUGGCUGAUGGCAAAGGUGAGGUGCUGCCCACUGUGCCUUUAUUGGGAAGCACUUCAUGACCAAGGUUUAAUCCUGGGGUUUAGGAUGGAAAGAUGCACUUAAUGGAAAGCUGGGCAAAGCCAAUCAUCGGUAUUUAUAAAAAUGUAUCUUUGAGGUUGAAUUUGUUUUCACUGGGUUUAUAGUAAACCGGCUUGCAUUCAAGCAGUUGUUUUUCCCUCAUUUCUAUACUAGAAAAUUAAUCAUUCAAAAAAAUAAAUAAAAAAGAUUUAAAGCUGUGGUAGGCAUGGGGUCUGAAUCGUAUAAGUCGUAGACCAAAAUGGUGGGAGGGGGGGGG